AUGAGCUCGGAUCUGGAGCACAUGUCUCUCAAGUCUACCGGGAACUCGGUGGGCUCGGGUGGACGAGCACUGUCGGUAAACGUGAGAAAGCUGCACAACGCUCUCAACAUUCUUCUUAACGAUUACGAAAGGGAACAGUUCAUCCACUGUUUGAACGUGUACCAUGCAAAACGCAACGUUUUUGACUUGGUUCAGACCCUAAAAGUUAUUCUAAACACAACUAGCAAACGGCAACUGCUACCAAUGUUACGCAUGGUUAUUCCACGUUCCGACCAACUGUUGUUUGACCAGUACACUUCCGAAGGUCUAUACUUGAAAACUGAUUUGCUAUCUGCCACCGCAGCCUAUUCCCAGCCAAGCUACUCUGCGAGCGUCCCCGGCGAGAUUCGCCAAGUUACGCUGAAACGCAGUAAAAGUAACGAGGGUUUGGGGUUCAGCAUCCGUGGAGGAUCCGAACACGGUGUCGGAAUCUAUGUUUCCUUGGUGGAACCUGGAUCCUUUGCCGAAAGGGAGGGACUAAGGAUUGGCGACCAGAUACUGACAGUCAAUGACUUGGUAUUCGACAGAGUUACGCAUGGAGAGGCUGUCAAGGUGCUGAAGGGCUUUAAGAAGCUGGCCAUGUCCGUGUGCUCCAUGGGCCGCAUCCCCGGCGGCUACGUGACCAAUCACGUGUACACGUGGGUGGACCCGCAGGGCCGCAGCGUCUCCCCGCCGCCCGAGUUCCAGGAGCCGCCCGGCGCCCCGGGGAGACACAGCGCCUCCCAGCAACUGCCCCAGCCACCCCCAGAGAAGAGGGUGACGGUCAACAUGGAGGACGGGCGUCCCCUCGGCCUGAUGAUCCGCGGCGGCGCCGAGUACGGCCUGGGCAUCUACAUCACGGGAGUGGACCGGGGCUCUGCCGCGGAGUACGCUGGCCUCAUGGUGGGAGAUCAGAUCCUGGAGGUGAACGCCCGCUGCUUCCGCACCAUCCCUCACGACGAGGCCGUGCUGAUCCUGCGCAGUGCCCAGCAGCUCCAGGUGGCCGCCCGGGAGGUGGGCCGCCUGCCGCACGCCCGCACCAUCGUGGACGAGACGCGCUGGAUCCCCAGCGGCCAGAUCGCCGAGACCUCGGCCGGCUUCAGCCUCGCCAUGCCCGGGAAAUGGCAAGACUUCAAGCUCCACCCUUCGCUGGAGGAGCAGGCGGUGCUGCUACUGACGGAGCAGGAGAGGCAGACGCUGGCCUACUACCUGCAGGAGUACCGUGAGGCCCACAUCACCGUGGAGGCUCUGGCCAUGGCCCUGUUCGAGCUCUUCAAUACGCACGCCAAGCUGUCGCUGCUGCUGGAGGUGCGUGGGCGGCUGGCCCCACAGGAUGUGGAGCGCUUUGACCUGCUGGUGCUGCGGAGGGACAUGGACCUGUGGAACGCCCGGCAGCUGCUCAUGAUGGCCGCCGCGCCCCCGCCCGACAUCACCAGCGGCCCCCCCAUACACCCACAGCACCACACCCUCGCAGGCUGCCACGUCAAGAGCGAGUCCAGAGUGGAGGGUGGUCUGUCCCGAGGGGCCCACGACAUGUUUAAUAGCCUGCCCGACAUUGCACUGGACGAAGUCCGCUCCUCCUCUGAUUCGCCGCCCCCCUUCAAGCCCUCCCCUCCCCCCACCAAGCACGGCAGUCCCAAGGGGCGCUCCAAGCGGCCGGCCUCGUCCUCCUCCAAGCUCUCGCAGCUCUUCUGCACCCCACACCGGCACCCCCACCCAGGGCAGCCGCAGCCUCUGAGCUGCCCUCACCAGCACCACCCUCAGCAGCUGCCGCCCUGCCCUACCCACCGCGCCCCCAACACGCCGCCCUGCGGGGGGUCGCGCAACGCCUCCCCGCUCCCCGUGCACCCGGCCUCCCCCCUGACCAUCUCCAUGUCCCCCGGGCCCAGCCGGGAGCCGGCCAGCGUGCACUUCUGCCUGGGCGCCAUCAGGAUGCUGCAGCAGCAGCAGCAGCAGCAGCAGCAGCAGGGGCAUCAGGGGCAUCAGGUCAGUCUCUCCCCGCACAGCCAGUCGCCCGUCCUGCCCAGGAUGUCGGGCAGCCCGGGCCUCUCUCCCCGCUCCUUGUCGCCGUCGAUGUCCCCAUCGUUCCCGGUGCCGGCCGCUCCGCAUCCCAGCCCAGAGAGGCCCGGACAGGGUCAAGGUCAGGGGCAAGGGCAGGGUCAAGGGCAAGGUCAAGGGCAGGGUCAAGGUCAAGGGGCAUCGCCAGUGGCCUCCUGCAGCACGCAGACGGACAGGCUGCACCCAGAGCCGGACAGAGGGGACAGAGCAACCCCUCAGGCCAGAGCAGGAGCCACGCUGUCCCAGCUCUCCGACAGUGGCCAGACCCUGAGUGAGGACAGUGGGGUGGACAUCCCAGAGUCUGGGGGCCUGAGCAAGGACAGCAGCCCGCGGCCCGGCAAGCCCCCAUCCCAGCCGUCCACGGAGCGUCCAGGGGUGGACCGCGCUGCCGCCCAGCCGUCCCCAACGCCAAUUGUAAUGGCAGAGCCGUCUUUGGUGAGGGUGGAGAAGAGUGCCAACACUCUGGGCAUCGCGAUUGAAGGAGGUGCCAACACCAGACAACCCAUGCCACGCAUUGUGACAAUCCAGAAGGGUGGCUCGGCACACAACGGCGGUCAGCUGCGCGUGGGUCAGGUCAUCCUGGAGGUCAACGGCGUCUCGCUGCAGGGCAUGGAGCACCGUGACGCAGCGCGCCUCAUCGCCGAGGCCUUCAAGACCAAAGAGAAGGACCACAUCGACUUCCUCAUCACCGAGUUCAACACCGCCCUCUAA